UCUACACGCCGCAUCUGUCUACUUCCUGUAAUUCUGUUGGGUGGGACAGGCGGAAGCAGUGUUCUGGCAAACGAAACAUUUUUAUUUUGCUGGGUUAAAAGAUUGACAUUUAUUUCUCAAAAUGCCGGCGUACCACUCUGGCUUGAUGGAUGGGGACACCAAGAUGGUGGGGAACAUGGCUAUGCUGCCACUAAAAACCCAGUUCAAGGGCCCUGCAGCAAAAGAGACCAAAGAUUCUGACAUCAUUGAAGAGGCCAUCUACUAUUUCAAAGCCAACGUCUUCUUUAAGAAUUAUGAAAUCAAGAACGAGGCAGACAGGACUCUGAUCUACGUCACCCUUUACAUUUCUGAAUGUCUGAAGAAGCUACAGAAGUGCAGCUCCAGGGGUCAGGGAGAGAAGGAAAUGUACACUCUGGGCAUCACUAACUUCCCCAUCCCUGGAGAACCUGGCUUCCCUCUCAACGCCAUGUAUGCAAAGCCCAGCAACAAGCAGGAAGAGGAGACAAUGAGGGCGUACCUGCAGCAGAUCCGCCAGGAGACAGGGCUGAGGCUGUGUGACCGUGUGUUUGACCCCCAGACAGACAAACCCAGCAAGUGGUGGAUGUGCUUUGUCAAGAAACAAUUCAUGAACAAAAGCCUUUCAGCUCCUGGACAGUAGACAACUCAGGAGUGCUGGAGGUUAUUCUAAACUAAUGCGAGGUAGAUGGAUUUUUCGGGCCUCCACUUUCGUGUGGCUAAGAUGAUUUUAUACUGAAUAAGAAGAGUACAUGGACGUGCUAUUGUUUCAUUGAUCAUGUUAAGCUGGUGCUUAAUGUGUCCCUGUCGAUCUUUGACAAAAUGUAAGAACAGCAUUGUAUUUUUCUUGUUAAUUGUGUAAAACAUGAAGAUCAUUUUCAAAAAUUUA